AUUGGAUAGUUUUACAAAGGCGGGCUAUAGUUGAGGUCUACCCAAUCACAGGAGGGAUGUGAAAUGCAUUGUGGGUACACUACUGAGGAUGGAAGUAGCCGUUAGCCAGCGGUGUUGGUGAACCAGCAGCAGAUGCUUAUAUGUUACUUCUCAGCCAUCGGUGGUUAUUUGAAUGAAGCUUGUGAUAAAGACUAAUUAUUAGUACACGAUGGAAGCAUCGGUUCCAACUCACAGUGAAAAAAGUGAAGACACUGCACCUAGCACAUCAAAAACAUCAGGUCAAGGAGAAGACGGACCGAAGCUAAAGAAGGCCUCUUUGAAGAGGACCACUGGUAAACCUACAAAUGCAAAGGCAAAGAAGCGUAAAAAGGCCAGAGUCUCCCGGCCUGUCCCGCUUGGCUACACUGUGCAUCAAGGGGAGGAUAUGCUUCUGGUCAUAUCCAGUUCCACUUCUCAAUACAGCGGCUCCGCUUGGAGCCCCCCAAAGAAGGGAAGCAAAAAAAAGAAGCUGACUAAAGGAAAAGGAAAAGCUAAUCUGAUUAACAAAAAAAAGACAGUCCGUGCCAAACCUAAAGUGGCAAAUAUUCCUGUUGUUAAGGAAAUAGUAGACACUAACCUGUUUGUGCCACAGAAAGCAACCGACCACAGAUGGGGUCAGAGUCUCCCUGAGGAGGUGCUAGUCAGUAUUUUUCAGAUGGUGGUCGUCCAAGAUGGCGCUAUUCCAUUUCUAUGCAGGGUGGGACGAGUUUGUCGUUUGUGGAAUGCUGCUGCCUCCAGUCCAGUCUUGUGGCGUAAAGUUACUGUGGGUCACUGCUGGAUUGCUUCAGGGAAAACCCAGCUACCUAAAACUGAGAUGAAGAUUAAGGAGACUUUUGACUGGCUGGCACAGAACAGAUUCUCUCAGCUACGAAACUUCUCUCUCUGUCACUGGAAAAAGAAUGUCACCUAUGCAGUGGAGGUUGUGUCGCAGUUUUGCCCCAACCUCCUCUCCCUCAAGAUCUCCUCCUGUACAGGCCUGGCAGCGGCAGCCUUCCACAGCCUUGGUCUGCAUAGCCGGUCUCUGCAGUGCAUCGAUCUGCAGUACACAGAGUUUCAGGUUGAGGGGCUCCUGGAGUAUCUUGAAAAUCAUGGGAGCCAGAUCAAGCAGAUUCUGUUCACUCAUGGAAUAAAGAAUGACAGACUUCUGGCUGCCAUCACCAAGGGGAGCUGUCCUGAUUUGGAGUUGUUGGAGGUCAACACAAAGCUAGACAGUAAAGAUUGUGAACUUCCUGUUUUCAUCCACGCACUACAGAUGGCAUGUCCUAAACUCAAGACCUUCCGGAUGCUGAAUGUGAGACCCCUGCAUAAGACGAUGCGUAAUAGUGCAGAUUCAUCAUUAGGCUUCCCGUUACUGGAAGAGCUGUGUAUCGCUACCACCUCUUUUUCCUACAUGACUGACAAAGAUUUGUGGGACAUCCUGUUUGGCUCCACCAGGCUGCGGGUGCUGGACCUGCGAGGCUGUUCACGAAUCACACCAUCCGGUCUCUCAUCACUACCCUGUCUUGAACUGGAGUGUCUGUUCUGGGGACAGUAUUUCAGCAGCAAUGUUGGGAUAGCAUCGCCGAAAAAGGAGCUUCAUAUGGUCACCCAGAAAUGGAGUCGAACACUGCAACAGCUGGACAUUGCCAAUCAGCUCUUCUCCGAGGAUGACCUAGAGAUCGCCAUGAGUCACCUUGCUCAGGCCACAGAGUCAAAUACUCUGCAUUCACUAAACCUGAGUGGGACCAGGAUCACACCACCUGCCCUCAGGCCAGUCAUCGGCCAAACGACGGCUCUUAGCUACCUCAACCUUUCAUCCUGCCGCUAUCUUCCAAGAGGAAUGAAGAGAAUUUACCGUGGCCAAGAAGACAUUCGCCAGCUGCUGGACAAAUUGUAGUGGCUUGUGGUAUUUAAUCGGGUUUCAAAAAUCACACACCGAAGGCUUAUUUCAAUGUCUUAAAAACAAACUGCCUUGUGGAUUGUGUUUUUAGCAAUGUGAAUAUUUUUCACAGAGGGGUUUGUAUUUUGUUUUAUAAGUAUGAUAAAGAAGAAUAACAAAAAAAUGUUGCUGCUGUAUUUCUUGUUCUGUUUUUAAGGGUACUACUGUCAGUUACUCAAAGGUAAAAGCACAGUUUUCAUGUCAGCUUAAGCAAUAACAUGUAUGAUUAAACGACAGAAACACUCAGCUGUGUUGAAUCAGAUUUCUUGUAAUUUUGCCUCUUUGUAAGAAAAAAAUACGUUUAAAAUAUGUAUGUCAAAAUAAUACCAGACAGAUGUUGUCAAUUACUAUUUGAAAAAAACCAAAAACAUUUAUCAUGUCAUUAUAAAGUUUGUAAUACUGUCCUUCCACUAGAGGGUGCUGCACUUUUAAGCUUAAUUUGAAGCAUGACCAAAUGCGUUCUUACUGCAGUCACACAUUUGUCUCGGAUAUACAUUUAAGUGUUUCCAAUUGAGAGACAUAUUUCACAGUCCUGUUUGAAA